AUGACCAAAGAAUAUGUUUUGAUUGAGUAUUUUUGGGUGACGGGACGCUCGAAAUACUUCCGCAUGACCAGAAGCCUGCAGAUGCAAUGA